UCAAUAAAUUCUGAUGACAGGUGUCGUUCCCUAUCAUAUCCUAUCAAACUUCAAAUACUUCCAUAACUAUCUUCACAAUACAUUUCCGCUGAAACCACCCCUAUAAAAGGACCAUGGCGGUUACGACAACGAAACAGCUCCAGGGAACGCCUAAGGCUCAACCUGUAAAGCAGACAUGGAGGCAGCCAUCACAUCCAGAUACCAUCGCAGUCCGGUCUUCACCUGCUCUCGCCUCGAACUCAGAUGCUUCUACAGGACCCUCUUUCAACCUCACUGCAGUUGCCAGCAUGGAUAUCCCGGCCAAUUCGCUCAUCGCGGAAAACACGUCCACCACUCUCGCCUCAGAGAAGGAUUACUCCACCGUUCAAAUCUCGGCAACGCAUCAUAUCAGACUGAACUCGGAUCUACUGUACUGCAACCAUUCGUGUGACCCAAAUGUCCGCUUCGUAACGUCCACGCUUUCUUCACCUGACGUCGGGUUGGAAGAACCUGUUGCCGGUGCAAUUGAGGUCUGGAGCACGAGGGACAUUCCGGCCGGAGAAGAACUGCGUUUUUUCUACCCAAGCACCGAGUGGGAGAUGGCGCAGCCGUUUCACUGCUCUUGUGGAGCGGAGAAUUGCCUGGGUUUGGUUGAUGGUGCGAAAAAUGUCCCGGUAGAGGCAUUGAGGAGAUAUUGGCUCAGUGGACAUAUCGAGUCUCUACUGAAUGAAAAGCAUAGGCCGAAUUGAUUCUCUAAAACGCGGGAUUUCCUUAUUUUUGGAACAAGGAGAGCAUGAGCAAAUAAUAUUCUUUGAUUAGAGCGGAGGGUACUUUCCGCUGAGUCUGCUCUUCAGAGGUAUGAACAUAGACAGGAAGC